AAAAAAGGGCUCUAAAUCAAUCUAGAAAUUUACUUUUUUUCCAGAAAAUAUCAUGGAACAGACAAAGCUGAAUGUUUAAAAGAAAUAAAGAAAGGAAAGUUAGAAAUCAUUGUAACCACAUUUGAAACAUUUAGAGAACAUAUGGCGGAUUUGAACUCAGUGGCCUGGGAUGCUGUAAUUGUUGAUGAAGUUCAUAAAAUCAAGGAUAUGAAAGCAAGAACAACAAAGGCGUUGAGAGAAAUUAACACCAGCAGGAGAUUUGGUUUGACUGGUACUGCAUUACAGAAUAAUCUUUUAGAGUUCUGGAGUAUUCUAGACUGGGCUCAGCCAGGAUGUUUAGGGUUACAAGCAGAUUUUGUUCAUGAAUUUAUUCGGCCGAUAGAAAGUGGACAGAGACAUGAUGCCAACAAGAGAGAGUUGGCCAUGGCAAGAAAACAAAAGGACAAGCUGGCUAAGAUCAGGAAAACAAUGAUGAUACGAAGGUUGAAAAGUCUGAUAGCUGAUCAACUUCCCAAGAAAGAUGACAGUGUUGUGUUCUGCAAACUAAGUCAGUUACAAACCAGCAUUUAUCAGACUAUACUGGACCAGCCUGGCAUAGACUAUGUUAUACAUGGAGAUGAUCCUUGUUCCUGUGAUAGUGGAGAACCUCAGAGUCGAUGCUGCAAACAGAAAACUCCUGAUGGUCAGUCUAUCAGAUCUUUGAGGUUCACCUUUAUGCAUUUACUACUGAAGACGUCAAAUCAUGUAGCACUGCUCAUACCUACAGAGAAAACAAGUGAGAGACAGGCAACAACAGCUCGUAAGAUCUGUGAAGCUGCUUUAAGUAAACAUCCAGAGUUUGUUGCUCAAACUAAAGAAGCAUCCUUUAAAACACUUUCUGAUCCAAAAUAUUGUGGGAAAAUGAAGAUUCUACAAGGUCUGUUGAAAGUAUUCUAUAAAGAACAUUCCAAGACUCUCGUUUUUUCUUACUCUACUCAGGUAUUGGACAUUAUUGAGCAACAUUUGAUGAGUACAGGGUAUGAAUAUAGAAGGAUUGAUGGAAAAGUCUCGUCUAAGAAAAGAAUGAUUGUAGUUCGAGAAUUCAACAAAGAUCCUAACAUCUUUAUUUGUCUCAUUUCAACAAAGGCUGGAGGUCUAGGGUUGAACCUUACAGGAGCUAACAAGGUGGUUAUAUUUGAUCCUAAUUGGAACCCAACACACGACCUUCAGGCUCAAGAUAGGGCUUAUCGUAUUGGGCAGAGACGUGAUGUACAAGUAUACAGAUUGAUAUCAACAGGGACUAUAGAGGAAAACAUGUAUCUCAGACAGAUAUACAAACAGCAACUGUUGAAUGUGACAGUAGAGGAUGAGAAUGCCAGGCGAUAUUUCUACGCUGUUCAAGGGAACCGGAACCAGAAAGGAGAAAUAUUUGGUGUGAAGAAUAUGUUUGUACUGCGGACUGGAGAGUCGUGUAUUACACGAGAUAUUAUCAAGAGAAAUGAGAGAGUUGAGUCAGCUCUGGAAGGAUUUGACACGGCACAGUAUGUUUCUCCCGUUGUACGCUUAGAGGAGGAUGAAGAGUAUGAGGAUGUUGUUGGUGAGGGAAAUGCUGCCACAGAAAACUCCACACCUUCUGAGUCUGAGGAUCUGUUUGCACAGUUUUUCUCCUCUUCUGAUGAAUCAGAUGUAGAAAAUAUCGAAAGAGAAAUAGAAGAAAUUGACUCUUCAGAUAUGGAAGGAAAUAAAUCAGUGAUUCGUAUGAAUAGUAAGAGAAAGCACAAUAAAAAAGAUAAAAGUUUCAAACAUAAAACUGAGGAAUCUGUGAGAGAUUUUAAGGAAUUAAAGGGAAAGACAGAGACAGAAAAACGCAUUAAGUUCGAAAAUAAAGAAAAACCGAAAGUGAGAUUUCAAGUUUCUCCGAAAGGCAAGGUGAAACCAUCAGAGAGUCGGACAGGAAAGGCUGCAGUGAGGAGGAGUGGUAAACAGUCUGCUGCUGAUGGUGAAGAUGAAGAUGAUAAUGAUGAUGACAAUGUGUUACAGUAUGAUCAGACGCUUGCAGGAACAUUUGCUGAUGUUGCAGAUGUAUUUGAUAAUUGUGGUGUGGUACAUAUACACAAGAAUGUGAAGGUAGUUGGAGGAAGUCGUGCCGAGGAUCACAUGUCCAAGUGUGCUAUAUCAGAUGUGUAUGAACUACACCAGCAUUCACAGGAUCUGGCUGCUCAGUGUGAACCAAUGUCAGAGUCAAGUGAGGAGGAGCAACCAGUGAUGGAGAAAAAGAGGCGUGGCCGGAAUGCUGUAUCUGAGGAUCAUAACACUGUACGUUCAACAAUGGUUGGAAAUACAAAAUAUCUGAUAGGGCAGACACCUAAAGCUUUUAGAUUGAAGUACUUUGAGGAGAUGUCAAAACACAUAAAUUCUGGUUCCCUCCUAGACUUUGCACAGCUGGUUCUCACCUCAAGUCUAGGGGAGAGAGUAAAAAUGUUGAAUAGGUUUUACGAGAGCAAAGAUCCAGCUCUUCAAGGUAUUCAUAAACUGAAGAACUACACACCUAUGUCUAGUGAAACAUGUCGUGAGGUCAAGAAGAGUUACAGUAGAAGCAAGUAUGAAAAAGUGCAAAGGAAAAAUGAGGUUGGCCCCAGAAGGACCACACCUGCAAGUUCAAGGACCUGCAGUAAAGUUGGUCAGGGUGUCAGCUUCCUGGAUGAUAUAGAACCUGAUAGUGAAUCUCUGAGUCAACAAAGUGGUAAAUCUGACAACGGUAGACCUAACAGUGCUGAGAGCAGCAUGGAAGUGGGCAGAAAAGUCUCACCAAGAAAGAGGGUACAGAGGUCUCCUAACAGGAAACUUGUUAAAAAAUGUAAAAUAGCAACAAAAUCCAGGCAUGAGCCUGCUCCUUCUAUUUACUUUGAAGACUAUGACAGUAUUACAGAAGAUAAGUAUAGGUAUGGAAAGAAAGAAGAAACUGGGGAAGAAAGUGUUGAUUCAGAGGAUUUACUUGAUGAAAUAGGCAGAACUAAUGAAGACAUUCUAGAUGAUUUACCAGCAGUUCACAAGAAGCAAAGAGAUACACAACAGUUCUCUGUGUCUUCAGUUUUAGACGAUGUGUUUGAUCAAGCAGAAUCUUCUGCUAAACUGAUUAAAAAGCCGCCACCUUCAAAGACCAUCAGAACAAAUUCACCCACAAAAAGGGCAGGAUUAAAAAGAAAAGAAAAAAAUGAAAACUUGUCAUCAGAUGAUGAUGAUGACCCAUUCAAAAUAGUUGAUGAAAUCUUUAAUAAUAAUACUGAUAGAAGAAAACAAAAUAAAGAACCAAAUAAAGCUGGAGAAGAGAUAAGAUAUGGACUGAAUAGAAAUCUGAAUGCCAGUAAAGAUGUUAACGAGGAAUUAAUUGAGAAAGGAGAUAGUGAUGUGAAUCUAGAGGCCAGUACGUUAAAGGAUGAUAAUUAUGACUGUUUUGACGAUCCCAGACUGUGGAAGAAACGUAAGCGUAAAGAACCUGACAAGAGAAACGCUGUUGAUAGACUUAUAGAUGACAGUAAUGCUGAUUUUGAUGAUCUUUUUACAAGUGGAAAGAUGAAAAAAAAGGCAUCAAAAUCAGAUGCUGUAAAUAAUAGACAGAAUACAGAACCUCAGUUGGACGGGUCGGCGAGUUUGUUUAGUUGAUGUUUUAUUCAUAUGAUUUAACUAUAUAAACUAUAACUGUUGAAGUUUUGCAAGAUCAAUUUAGAAAUUAAAAACAUAUUUUAUAUGACGUUAAAUCUAUAUUUUAUAGUUUCUUCAACAACAAACUUUGUAGCACAGGUUAUUUUACAAUUUACCAACAUUUUAGACCCUAUUUGCUAUCAAAUGAUAAUUUUGAUUAUGUACAUUGUAGAGACAGACUUCUUCAAAACGUUCAAUUUUCUGCCAUAGUGUUACAUGCUCUUUUAUGGUGUAACAUUCUCUAUCAUGGUGUAACAUUUUCUGUCAUGAAGUAUCAUCCUGAGCCAUGGUGUAACAUCGUCUGUCAGUGGGUAACAUCGUCUGUCAUGGCAUUACAUCCUCUGACAUGGUGUAACAUUCUUUGUCAUGGUGUAACAUUCUCUGUCAUGGUGCAGUAUCCUCUGUCAUAGUAUAACAUCCUCUGUCACUGGGUAACAUCGUUUGUCAUGGCAUUACUUGGUCUGUCAUGUUGUAACAUCCUCUGUUAUGGUGUAACAUUCUCUAUUAGGACAAAGUAAUAAUGUCACCUUUGUUUAUUUCAAGCAGUAAUUUAUCAAGGAUUACUCUAGCAGAUGUGAUGCAGUAACAAGUUUUACUUUAUUCUAUAACAUAUUUGAUGCUGAACUUCUGUUAAUCUGUAGUGUCUUUGCUUGUUAUUCACAUUCUUCUUCUGCUUUUAUCUCACCUGUCACACUGACAAGGUGAGGUUUUGUGAUCACCCUUCGUCUGUCGUCUGUGCGCGCGAUUGUCCAUCAACAAUUUCUUGUCUGCACAAUAGUGGUUUUAUUUAUGAUUUUAUUUUAACCAAACUUGCACACAACUUGUAUCACCAUAAGGUCUUGGUUCCUUUCUUGAACUGGCCAGAUCCCGUUAUGGGUUCCAGAGUUGUGGCCUCUGAAAGGGCAAAAAUUAGCUAUUUUCACCUUGUCUGCACAAGAGCAGCUUCAUUUUGUAACUCUUGAACCCCUUGAAGGAUUUCAAAGAAACCUGACACAAAUGAUCACCCAUCGAAACGACAUGCAAAGCACAUGUUUCAGAUGGCUCACUUCAAGGUCAAGGUCACACUUAGGGGUCAAAGGUCAUAUGACUUUGUUUUGUAUGUAUAUUGCUCUGCAUUUGCGUUGCAUUGCAGUGCUCUUGUUUUUAUUUGGCAGAUCUUUCUUUUGUUCACUUACAGUAAUUUUUUUUAGUUACUUCCCUUUUAUGUUACUAUAAAUAGCUUAUUUAGUAACUUUUUUAUUAUUGGCCAUAGGGAAAACCAGAGACCACUUUUCUGUGGAUGGUACCUCCAAUUUUUAGGUGUAUUUUGACAUAUUUGUACCUUUAAGAAAAUUUCAACUACAGUCGAGACUGUUUUAAGAGACCGACUUUGGGAAGCAGCGAAAAAGGUCACAUAUGACAGGUAGUCUCUUAAAACAGUCUCACUUAACAGGAUGACGCUGGUUUCAUAUAUUUUUCCAAUUAAAGUACAUGAAUCUCGGAUACUUAUAUAUUGGCCUCUUUUAAGGUAGGAGUGGAAAAUGAUUAAAUACUAUUUCUUUAAUUGCAUAUUGAUAAAAUAUAAAUUUCAAAUAAUUUGCGUCAUUCGUAUGAUGUUGAUAAAACAAAUUUAAGCUCAUGAUCUGGCAAGAAAAUAAAGGAGAGCAGUAAAAUAUAAAUGUUCCAUUUGAACUAUUUACACAUUGCUCAUGAGGUUUAUGAUAUUUAUAUUUUUGUGUACUAAUUGUUCAUUGACAUUUAUUCGAUUAUUGACUGCAUCUUUAAUCUGUGUUUACUUCGUCGUUUCCUGUUAAAUACCGCCAUAUUUUUGUUUCACCAGGAAUAAAGUUAAUUUAUGCACCGACUCCGAAUUCUUCAGCGACUAUAUACGCUGGUUUUCCCUAAUCGAGCAAUUCAAGUGCCUUAACACGCUGUUCUAAUGUCAAAACAGUUCUUUUUUAUGUUUUUCAUCAGCCAUUUUUUGUAAACAAAUAAGUUCUCGUCUCAAACAACUUCACGCGAGAUAAAGAACGGUAACUCUAUCGUGUAAAGUCUUGCGAGGGAGCGUCUCAAAGUCGCUGAAAACGGUCUAAAUAUCGAUUCGGGAGCCUGAUUUCACAGUUGCUUGUCGCGUAAGGCAGGGGGUUGCUUAAUUCAGACUCUUUUAAUAGUAAAUUGCGUCCGGAGCAUAAAAUAGGGUCGCAUAUGACAGAGAGUCGCUAAAUUCAGGGGGUCGUUAAGGCAGUCUCGACUGUAUAUUUUCUCAUAAUUCUUUUGAUUGAUCUUGAUUAUGAUUUUUAGCUCACCUGAGCACAAAGUGCUCAAAGGUGAGCUUUUGUGAUCACCCGUCGUCCGUCCGUCCGUCGUCAACAGUUUGGCUGUUAACACUCUAGAGGUCACAAUUUUGGCCCAAUCUUAAUGAAACUUGGUCAGAAUGGGACGAGUUCGAUAUUGGGUCAUCUGGGGUCAAAAACUAGGUCACCAGGUCAAAUCAAAGGAAAAGCUUGUUAACACUCUAGAGGUCACAAUUUUGGCUCAAUCUUAAUGAAGCUUGGUCAGAAUAUUGCCCUUAAUAAAAUCUUGGACGAGUUUGAUAUAGGGUCAUCUAGGGUCAAAAACUAGGUCACCAGGUCAAAUCAAAGGAAAAGCUUGUUAACACUCUAGAGGUCACAAUUUUGGCCCAAUCUUAAUGAAACUUUGUCAGAAUGUUACCCUCAAUAAAAUCUUAGACGAGUUUGAUAUAGGGUCAUCUAGGGUCAAAAACUAGGUCACCAGGUCAAAUCAAAGGAAAAGCUUGUUAACACUCUAGAGGUCACAGUUUUGGCCCAAUCUUAAUGAAACUUGGUCAGAAUGUUACCCUCAAUAAUAUCUUGGACGAGUUCGAUAUUGGGUCAUCUGGGAUCAAAAACUAGGUCACCAGGUCAAAUCAAAGGAAAAGCUUGUUAACACUGUAGAGACCACAUUUAUGACUGUAUCUUCAUGAAACCUGGUCAGAAUGUUAAUCUUGAUGAUCUCAAGGUCCAUUUUGAAUCUGGGUCAUGUAGGGUCAAAAACUAGGUCACCAGAUCAAAUCAAAGGAAAAGCUAGUUAACACUGUAGAGGCCACAUGUAUGAUCGUAUCUUAAUGAAACUAAGUCAGAAUGUUAAUCUUGAUGAUCUAUAGUUCUUGUUCAAAUCUAGGUCAGGUGGGUAAAAACUAGGUCACUAGGUCAAAUCAAAGGAAAAGCUUGUUAACACUCUAGAGGCCACCUUUAUGACUGUAUCUUCAUGAAACUUGGUCAGAUUGUUAUCUUGAUGAUCUUUAGGUCAAGUUAGAAUCUGGGUCGUGCAGGGUCAAAAUCUAGGUCACCGGGUCAGAUCAAAGGAAAAGCUUGUUAACAGUCUGGAGGCCAUAUUUAUGACUGUAUCUUCAUGAAACUUACUUAGAAUGUUAAUCUUGGUGAUCUUUAAGUCAAGUUCGAAUCUGGGUCAUGUGGGAUAAAAAACUAGGUCACCGGGUCAAAUCAGAGGAAAAGCUAGUUAACACUUAGAGGCCACAUUUAUGAUCAUAUCUUAAUGAAACUUGGUCAGAAUGUUGAUCUUGAUGAUCUUUAGGUCAGUAGGUCAGGUGAGCGAUACAGGGCCUUCAUGGCCCUCUUGUUUGACCUUCUUGUCCUUAAGUGCAAUGAUAACAGGUGAGCGAUAUAGGGCCAUUAUGGCCCUCUUGUUUACCAUUUUUUUUAGAAGACUGGAAUAUAUUUUUACAACUGCAUAGACUCGCUAAUUUAGUAAAAGGCAGAGUGAAAGACUUACCUUUAUAGUACUCUUUAUCACAUGUUAGAUGCUGUUGAAGUGAAAUAAAGCCAUUACAUAAUUUUGCAAUUACACUGGGGUAAUAAAGUUUUGACAUUCG